AGCACCCAGCGGGCAGCCGCAGAGGAUAAGAAGAUGCAAGAAGGAAAAAGCCUUAUCCUCCAUCCAUCUCCCCUCUCCGCUUCCCGGUGAUUGACAAGGAGAGAGAGAAUGCUGCUGAGCUCCCCCUUCGUCGUCUCCCCGCCGCCGCUGCGGGUCUCGCCCUCACCGCAGCAGCCGCAGGGGUGCCGGCCGGUGGGGCUCCUCCGGAUCGAGGCGGCGAAGCAGCUGACGGGGCGGGUGGUGACGACCAAGGCGGACAAGACGGUGGGCGUGGAGGUGGUGCGCCUGGCGCCGCACCCCAAGUACAAGCGGCGGGAGCGCAUCAAGAAGAAGUACCAGGCGCACGACCCGGAGAACCAGUUCAAGGUCGGCGACGUCGUGGAGCUCCGCAGCUCCCGCCCCAUCUCCAAGACCAAGCACUUCGUCGCCAUCCCGCUCCCACCCCGCGACACCCGCCGCAAGUCGCAGCUCCUCCCGCCGCUCCAGUCGCAGGCCGACGGCGACCAGCCACCGCCCUCCACGGCAGACUAAUCAGAGUGACAUCUCCUCCUGCCUGGCGGCAGCAUUCCUUCCCUGUUAGCAAUGAACCACUCACUCUACUUGUUGUCCGAUUAAGAUUCCCCUGCAAUUUGCCGGAUACUAUGCAUAGCAUGGACAUGUUUGGAUAAGCUUUUCCCAGCCACGCUUAGAUUAUAAUCUAAGUGAAGAUUUUUUCGCUUCUCGCAGUUCAAACUUCUGAAACAGCUUACCACGUAAGCGAAAAUAAGCAAAAUGUUUGACGGAUUCUAGCUUAUUUUCUUAUUUCCACCGAUAAGUCGUUUACAGGAAACGAACGGGGCCGUGUCUCCCCGUUUCAAUCUCAAAA